AGGGGGGGGGGGGRGGACAGGGAUGAAUCUGAGUUUCAGACUCUGACUCCAGUGGCUGCUUUUUUUUUAACAUCUUAUGUGAUGCAGCGUCAUGACUAAACAUGCAGCACAACCGGUGAAGAAGCACUUCGAGGCUGUGAAAGCAUCUGGGGCAGCUGAUAAGGGAAACGAGGUGUGGAGAUGCAAGCACUGCAACCAGAAUAGAAGCGGGACUGCCUCCCGCCUGAGGGAUCAUUUCCUGAAAGGUGCCUGCAAUGUCGCACGUCUGAGAGGGACAAUCAGCAAGGAAGAAUUGCUACGGAGGGAGCAGGGAAGAGAUGCCGCCAUUGCAGAGCUUGGAGGUGCACUUACUGGAGCUGGUGCUGAGGUCGAUCUGUCUUCGAGCGAGGAUGAAAUCGACACGGAGGAUGCAGUCACCACUGCUGCUCUCACGAAGUCCUCGACAACGCACGCCAGGCAAACGAAGAUUGUCGAUAGCGCAGUUAUCAUCAAUGUGAACGAGCAAACCCAGCGUACAGUCGACGAUUGGAUGACAAUUGAGUGUGUGCCCGUCAACAUGAUGCGGAGCAUGUAUUGGGAUCGCAUGGUGAAGGCGCUGAUGAACGCGCCGAAGUCCUUCCAGUACGCCAAAUUCGACGAGGUGCGAACGAAAAGGGUGGCUGUCACGCGGAAGCGGGUGUCCGAAAGGAUGGAGCAGCUGCGCAAGGAAUGGUCCGGCAGCGACAAGGAUUGGAAGGAUAGCAUCGUGCUUCCCGGGCAGCGACAUUUGUUUGCUGCUACGACAAAGACAAUCCUCGACAAUGAUUUUUGGGCAGGAGUCGAGAAGGUGCAGAAGACGUCCGAGAAACUGCUUCAACUCUUGAAGUUGAGCGACGGAGUUGGACCGACGAUGAGCAAGAUCUACGGCGGGAUGGACGCAGCCGUGGAGAGCUUACGCAGCGAGGAGUGCUUCACAAAAAUGGAAAAGGAAGAGCUCAAGGAGAUCAUAAUGCGGAGGUGGAACACUAUGACUUCUCCGCUGCAUUGUGCAGCAAUGUUCCUUGAUCCUGAGUUCAGGGACUCGAGCUUGGAAAAGGACCCUGAGGUGAUGGAUGAUCUUUGGACGUGGGUGUACUCUUGGGCGAAACCAACGGAGUACAAGGAGUUGGACGACGAGGUGAAUUGCUGGAUUGAGGGGACGGGCAAAUUCAGAAGCGAGAGGGCACUUGCAGAGGCGGACAACGGCCAACCAGCCAGAUGGUGGAGAAAGUGGUGCACUGAGUUGCCGACCUUGCAGCGCCAGGCAAUCCGUUUGCUUGGACAGGGAUCGUCUGCUUCCGGUUGUGAGCGGAAUUGGAGUCUUUUCGAAAGGAUUCACUCCAAACCGCGCAACAGCCUUGCCUUCGCACAAUUGAGCACAUUGGUAUACAACAGAUGGAACCGGCAUCUGUUGGACAAGCUUGAGAAGAAGCCGGUUGAGAAGGAAGACCCAAAGAAGAAGCCUUGGAGGGAUGGGUUUGGGGGCUUGAUAGCAGAGCAAUUGUGCGAGGACGCAAAGAAGAGGGUGCAGGAGUGGAGAGCCAAGCUGCGUGGCAACAGGGAGGAGGCAGAGGAUUGUGAGGAUGAAGAUCAUGACAACGAUGAUGGCGCCCGUGAUCACGUGGCCAAGGCAAGCACCAUUGCACGCCAGCGGGCCACCAGCAGCUUGUUUGAGCUCGAAAGGGAGCUGAACAAGGAGCUACCUUCAUGGAGGAAGGCCAUACGGCCUUCCAAGUACCUCGCCCGCUUGCAUUUGCAGGAAUCUCAGAACGCAGGCAAGACUAUGACAUCCGAGCACGCUGAGAAGUAUAUUAAUGCAAGAGCUCAAGCGUGUGCACCCAAUGUGAAGGCGCCUGCAAAGAGGCCUCCGGGGCGACCACGUAAGAUGGCACAUGUGCAGGGCACGGAGGCAGAUGAGGAGCAGGCUCCCGGAAAUGUGGAGGCAUCCGAGCGGGGGAGCAAACAGUAUGCUGGUCUCGAGGUUGCAGCAAAGGGGCCUGGAAAAAGAUUCAGGGGGCGACCAAGGAAGGUGCUGCGGGAAGAGGAGGUGCAGGUGGACGCAAGGGAGACUGGGGAAGAGGGGGAAUCGUACCAUGUCGAAGUGGCUUGGAGGUAUGUAUGUUUUUGAAGUUCAUUUCUGAACUUUCUUAAAGUUCUUUAAUUGAUUUUAAAUUUUAUUUUUUUAACUUUUUAAAAGUUUUUUUUGUUUUGUCUGUUGAUCAGCAUCAUCUGUUAUUGAACCUUGAGGCUGCCCAAGUUCUAUGUAAGCCGCGAUG